AUGUCCGCAUCAGAGGAGGAAACAAGUGAAGAUAAUGAUAUUGCACUUGCACAGCAAGUGUCGCUCGACACCAUCUCACGGUGUCGAUCGACACUAACACCAAUUCUCGUGGAUUCGGCUCCUGACGGACGAAUAUCGACCGCGAUUGACACCACCUUAUCGACACCAGAUCCCAGUGUCGAUCGACACCCCUCACAGACACAACCGGAUUUCCCCGAAACUCCGCGACCAUCUACAGAAAAUAUCUACAAGCCUAAGGUUCCUUUUCCAAAGCCUAGGAAGUCUAAACAAGAGAUAGAAGAAGCUCGAUGCAAGGCAAUGAUGGAAAAGGUGGUUAAUGAGAUACCUCUAGAUCAUACAUAUCACGAUUCACCUACGCUUAAGCGGUGUGUUAAGAGGAUGGUCCAAAAUGACGUGAGCCCUGAGGAAGGAGCUUUGCUGGCUAGAGACAUGGGUGCUAUCUUCUUGAAACAUACCCCACAGAGUAAGAAAGAAAAGAAGAAGAAAGUGUUUGUUUCUGAAAAAUUUAGUGCCAUGAUUCAGAGCAGGAUUCCAGAGAAGUUACCUGAUCAAGGAAGUUUCGUCCUAAACUGGUCUAUCUUCACAGAAAGAUUUCCUCACUCUCUUUGUGAUCUUGGCUCAGGUAUCAACUUGAUACCAUACUCUGUUGCUGUGAGACUUGGGAUGACAGACUUCAAGCCGACUAGGAUCUCUCUUAUCCUAGCUGAUAGGUCCAAAAGAAUUCCCGAAGGUGGUUUAAAGGAUGUCCUAAUAAAGAUUGGUGAAUGCAUGAUUCCUACAGACUUUGUGGUUUUGAAGUAUAGCGAAGAACCUCAGGAUCCUCUUAUCCUUGGGAGAUCUUUCUUGGCUACCGCUGGUGCUCUUAUAGAUGUUCAGAAAGGAACAAUAGGACUGCAUGUGGGUGAUUUGGUUAUGAACUUUGAUAUGGACAAGUUGAGGCGAACGCCUACUAUUGAUGUCCAGACUUUUUAUGAGUCAAAGAGUAUUCAGAAGACAUCACAGCACAGGACCAGAGCGAGGUUCUAUCAAUUGAUAGGUUGCUGGAGGAUGACGUUUUUAUGCUAG